CAGACUUCACUCUGCACACAACUCUGUUAGCUUUUAGAGACCUGCCUGCUGCUUCUCUUACGGGCUGAACACGUGUGGGCUGUUUAUGGCUUUAUGGAUGUUUUUAGAGAUAUGAUGAAGUAGGGAAUGCUGGACGAUGAAAGAAGGAUCCUAAUUUUGGAAGUGUCCAUCCCUUCAGUGUUUCCUGAUGCCUUCCUUCCUCACCUGUCCUUGUGUUCUGUCGCUGAAUCCUCUGUUUCUCCAAGCGUCCUUUGCGCUCACCCCCUCGUUUCCUCUUUCCCUUCCCUUCCAGAUGUUGACAACGCUCCUCUUCACCUUCACGCUCCUCUCCUCCCUGACCGAGGGCUCCCCAGAGCCGCGCCCGACCUUCAUAGACACGGACCCGGUCACAGGCAGGUCCCUGGAGUGCGACCGCUGCCCACCCGGGUCGUUUUUACGCGCGCCCUGCACGGAGACGCAGCAGAGCGUGUGCGCGCAGUGCCAAAACGGGUCCUUCACGGAGCUGUGGAACUACAUUGGGAAGUGUCUGAGGUGCGGGACGUGUGGACACAACGAGGUGGUGAGGACGGAGUGCACGACGGAGAGCGACUGCCUGUGUGAGUGCAGGCCAGGAUACUACAAGAGCCAGUACAGCAUGUGCCUGCAACACUCUGAGUGCCCCACCGGACACGAAGUGCUGACUCAAGGUUCAGCCAAUCAGGACACAGUCUGCCGAGCUUGUCGCAAUGGAACCUUCUCAGACGUCGUCUCUGCUGACAAGACCUGCGUGCAGCACAAGAGCUGCUCCGGGGGGCUGCAGCUAGUGCUGAGGGGCGCGGCGUGGCACGACGCCGUGUGCAUCGACUGCCAAGGGACCACGUCCAAAGACGGAGCCGACUACCUCAGAGAAAUCCUCCCGGCGUUCUUCGUCCAUCACAAAAUGUCCGUACGGAGGCUUCGUCACGUCCUGCGCAUUCUCCUGCUGGAAGACGGCAAAAGGCACGAAGGAAUCGCUACGCUUUACCUCCCAGAGCUCAAGCGGCGCAUCGACGCCUGGGUCGCCUCGGCCACCACGGCGCAGAUCCGCAAGAUUCCUUCCAUUCUGGCUAAAGCAGGAGCGGGCGGAGCGGCGGAGCGGCUGAAGAACAAGCUGCAAAGAAUCGACUCCAACGUGGGCGAGCUGUGCAGUUUGAAUAAUGAGAUUAAUAUGGUUUCACUGUAGGCUCAAGUUAUGUCGCGUAAACUAGCCAAAAUAACGAGGUACAUUAGAGUUUGAAGUAUAGAGAGGGUUCUUUAUCUAUGUCAAAAACUGCUGCUUCUUUAAAUAUGCACUCCCAGGACUUAGUACUUCUUGCAUCAAUCAGUAGAUUCAGCUGGUUAGAGCAGUCGUCCAUCCCCGCUUACAUUCCCCCUUUUCAGUGCACCGUGUUUCAUCAUCAUCUUCCUAAAAAGGAACAAAGCAUUCAAACUUGUCACCUUGCUUUAAACGACCUGUAGCGUUGUUUUAGCAUUUUUUUUAAAAACAUUCAGGAAUCAAAGGUGUAAAGAAAAUUAGAGGCAAUAGAGUUUUAAGGAGUAGCAUGUCGUGAUGUCCAUUUUUACUCAGAUCUCUGUGUCGAUUUUUUGGGGGGAUUGUUUGCUGCAAAGAUACUACUGUCGGAUGCUACUUGAAAUCAAAACUCAAAAUAAAGGAUUUGAAGUUUGCGAGUGAAAUCUGAAAUAUGCAUGCUCAAUACUGUAAACAUUCAAACACAUAGAUAACUGAACUACCCUCAGAAUUCAGAACCUUGGCCCACAGUGUAUCUACCUCUUCUCAUUUCUGCAGUCAGUCCCUGCUCAUCGCGUGUUGAGAUGUUUAUUUAUUCUUAAUUUAUAGAGGAAGAGGAGCGAGAGAAAACUUUGUUUGCCAUGCAUUAUUUUUGUAUUUUAAAAAAGAUUGUAUGAAAGUGAAAAUGGAUCACAUGUGGCUGAUUCUAACAACAUUAAAAUAAACCUGAUCCGCAUUCUGA